AGCAAAUCGGACAUAGGCCUCCAGACGUCGUUAACCGAUUCUUUCGCUCCUUCGUCUUUCCCUUCACCGAUAAUGGCCGCCGCCGCUGCUCACCAUCCAAUCGGCCACCCUCUGUUUUCCAGAAUCCGUCUCGCCGGCCCCUCCGAUAUCCCUCACAUUCACAAACUCAUCUACGAAAUAGCCGUCUACGAACGCCACACUCACCUCUUCUCCGCCACCGAAUCUUCUCUCUCCGCCCAUCUCUUCUCCUAUCCACCGUUCCAAUCCUUUACCAUUUUCAUCCUCGAAGUAUCCCAUGAACCCUUCCCCGAAAACUCCCCUCAUAACUCCAACGCUAAUUACUCCCCUGUUGUUCGAAUUGUAUAUUCCGAAGUCCCCGUGGACGAUCCAGAACGGGAGAUUUUCAAAUCGGAAGAUGAAAACGUUGUUGUUGCUGGAUUUGUUCUGUUUUUCCCCAAUUUCUCUGCCUUAUUAGGGAAGCCUGGGUUCUUUGUGGAGUCUGUUGCAGUGAGGAAAUGUUAUCGGAGGAAGGGUUUGGGGAAAAUGUUGCUGUCUGCGGUGGUUAAUCAGGCGGUGGAAAUGGAUUAUGGUCAAGUGGAGUUGGUAGUACUCGAAGGGAAUGAGACUGCGAUUAAGUUUUACGAAGAAAUGGGUGCCCAGAUUUUGACCGAGUGGAGAGUUUGUGAUCUCACCGGCGAUUCUCUUCGAGUUCUUCACACAAAUGAUUGUAUUGAUCAUUAUGGAGAAUUAUGAAUUUAGUAAUGUAAAUCUUUAAAAGAAAAAACUAUAUACAUAAAUUAUACGUAUAUUUAAAUGUAUUUAUGAAAAACCAAAUAAAUAGCAAACUAACUUAUAAUA